AUGUGUGUUAUCACUGGUACUCUGGAUCAGGCCAUCCAAAUUUCACAGGAAAACGCGGCUUCCCAAGCUCUUCAUGGCGCCCACUUGCGCAUUGCUAGCAAUACCCGUGGUGCGAACUCGGCUGCUAUGGCAGAUGGCAACUCCUCUCAAACUGUUGCUUCUACUGGUUCUAGUGCUGCCGUCUCAACGAGUAGCUCUCUGGCUGAGUCUGGCGGCUUUGGUCUUGACGCUCUGACUUACCCUUUUUGGCUUCAGAAGCAGUCAAGUAAGAGUCUCGUUGAAGCAUUGGCUGACGAUAUUUUGAAGCCGCCGGAGAGUUUCUAA